UGUCACAGCUACGAGUAUCUCAUUGGCGAAAAAAAUGAGAGUGUCUGUUGAAGGCGAAGCAGCGAGAAACGGACGUGGAACGCUGGAGGAUCGCCGAGCGCUGAGCCCACCACAAGAGAGCAAAGCUGAGGUCCUCGUCAUUGCGCAACAAGCCGCUUAACGGCGAGAGACAGCGUGAAGCGCUCUGUGAGCCGCCACCAUCGCUAGUGCAGCGCCAACAACGGGUCGCAAUGGUUCCAACCGACUCGGUAUCUAACUCUUCACCGAUUCCGAGCACCAGGCGGCGCCGGCACUCAAACUGCGAUCUACGCGAGGCUGAAAGCCCCAUGAAGAUGCAAACGGAGACGAGCAGCGUUGGUCCUGAGAAGAAACGCCAGCUGUUCUGGCGCAAUGUGGUAAAGCAGUUCAACUUCACGGACCAAUCGGAGCGGGAGCUGCUGCUUUCGCUCACUGGAGGCAUCUGCUGGACGCAUAUGCGCAUGCUACCUAAAGACUUUAUGCGCCGCCAUCGCGAGAUCUACUACCUAAUCUCCACACCCGAAUACGAGCGUUCGGGGGCCAUCGGACGUGACGUCACACGCACCUUCAGCAUUUUCGAACGCAGCCACCAGCACCAACUUGCUGCUCAGCAAAGCGCACUAUUUCGAGUACUGAACGCCAUUGCGGAAGCAGAGGACGGCUACUGUCAGGGCAUGAAUUUCAUCGCGGCUCUUUUCCUUGUUGAAGGAUUAUCAGAAGCGGACGCCUACGCACUCUUCCUUUAUAUACUGAAAAAGCGUCAUCUUGCUGGGAUCUACCAUCGCAGCUCCACUUUCCUGGACGAAUAUCUUCAACACUUUGAGCAAAUGUUCAUUCGAGACUUACCUAAGCUUCAUGCUCACCUAUUGGCGCAAGGCUUCGCUAUCCCUAUGUACGGCAUCGAGUGGUUUACAACACUCUUCUCACUAUCGACCAAGACAGACCUCGCAUGCGCCAUAUUUGAUCUCUUUUUCGUGGGAGUACAGGACAUCUUCUUACGCGCAGGACUGGCCAUCCUCAAGCUACUGGAGGCCAAGCUCAUGUGCAUGACGUUUGAGGACUUCUUGCGCGAGUUCAAGCCUCUAGUACGUGAGCUUGACCCGUAUCAGGUUAUUCUACAGGCUCUCGCGCUCCGACCAAACCCCAAAAUGCACCGUGAAGACACUACCGCGCACGUUUCUCGAGACCAUUUUAUACGAUCAAUGGGUACUGCAGCUUCCCCUUCCGGUGAUGCUGGAGCUUCUAGCAGCGAUAGUAGCUCAGCGGAUGGAGAAGAGGAAUCAGUAUCAACGUUAAGUGGCUUCGGCUUGCAUCGAACGCUACCUCCAGAGUUGGCAGACGCUAUCCGUUCAGGAAACGGGACCUUGGUGCACCAGUUGUUUGAAACGCACAUGAUUCGUCGUCAGCACAGCGCUACCGCUUCUGUCAUCCUGGCGAAUGAGAUUCUUCAUUUCGCGAUCUGGUAUGGACGUGUGUCCAUCGCGUGCCUGGCGAUCGAUCGUUGCAAUGCCGACGUCGACAAUCGGGACGACACUGGGCUUACGCCUCUGCAUUUUAGUGUAAUUCGAAACCAGCCCGACAUGGUGCGUCUACUGCUAGCUCACGGAGCGCGUAUGCAAGAGACGAGUAUGCGGAAGCUGUCGCCGCUGGAGUUGGCACAUCGCUGGAAGCGGCGUGACACGACGGCGGCACGGCUCGUAUUAGAAAAAGAAGAAGUGUGUCUGUACUGCAACACAAAGUUCGACGUAUUGGCUCUCGAGACAGCAGUGUGCGGCCACUGCGAGUUCCGCUUCUGCUGCAAACCGCAGCACGCCCUGUGUAUUUUCAAGCACCAAUGUCCAAAAGUUACCUGCUCUGGGUUAAGCCAAGAUCGUCGAUCGUCGGAGCCAACGUUGACGGUGCUGAACAUAUGCGAUGAAGGUUUGGAGAGCAACAAUGAAGAGGAAGCAGCACUGGGCCCGUCUAAGCAGAGCUGCAGUCGAUCUAGAGGGUCAAGCUCGUCAACCACGACCUCCAUAUCGAUAUACAGUCGAUCUGGGAGCAGUGUCAUGGGAAUGAGUCGAAGCGUGUCUGAAUCGUCCUCGCUUGAGUUCUUGAGCUCGCCAGCAUUUUUAGCGUCACCGGCAAUGUCGUGGCUUGGGUCACCUCGCUUUGAUUCAAAGUUUGACGACACCAUUGCAACUACCGAUCCAGAACAAACUGACCAAGACACUGACAAUGCUAAGACCCAGAAUAAUGGAAGCGUGUCAACUCGACUGAUCUCCUCGCGCCCUCUGCUCGAAUUCCCCGAUCGACCGGAAUGGUACUGCAAUGCUCGCGAAUGCCACUCCGUCUUCGCACUAUUCUCACAAGCCGUUCAAUGCUCACGCUGCGGCGGAUACUUUUGCUCCGAACAUGUCGAUACUAAAACCAAGCACUGCUUCGAAUGUCGACGAGAUCUGGUGUGUUCUCCCCGCUCGCUUACCACCUGCUCUGCUAUCAAGCAGUCUUAGACCCGUUUGUAAUUUGUCGAACUUAGAAAGUUAAACUAAACACGAAAAGAUUAACCUAGAAA